CAGCGCAUUCACACAGGAGAGAAACCAUAUCACUGCUCAGAGUGUGGGAAGAGUUUUACUACGCAGAGUAAUCUCAAACAACACCAGCGCAUUCACACAGGAGAGAAGCCAUAUCACUGCUCAGAGUGUGGGAAGAGUUUUACUACGCAGAGUCAUCUCCAACAACACCAGCGUAUUCAUACAGGAGUGAAGCCAUAUCACUGCUCAGAGUGUGGGAAGAGUUUUGCUUACAGUAAUGCUCUUAAAGUACACCAGCAUGUUCACACAGAAGAGAAACCAUAUCACUGCUCAGAAUGUGGAAGGAGUUUUACUCAAAGUAGUGCCCUUAAAGUACACCAGCGUAUUCACACAGGAGAGAAGCCGUAUCACUGCUCAGAGUGUGGAAAGAGUUUUGCUCAACAAGUUAACCUCCAAAAACACCAGCGUAUUCACACAGGAGAGAAGCCAUAUUACUGCUCAGAGUGUGGAAAGAGUUUUGCUGAACAUGGUACCCUUCAAAAACACCAGCGUAUUCACACAGGAGAGCAGCCAUAUCACUGCUCAGAGUGUGGAAAGAGUUUUGCUGAACAUGGUACCCUUCAAAAACACCAGCGUAUUCACACAGGAGAGAAACCAUAUAACUGCACUGAGUGUGGAAAAAGUUUUGCUGAACAUGGUACCCUUCAAAAACACCAGCGUAUUCACACAGGAGAGAAACCAUAUUACUGCUCAGAGUGUGGAAAGAUUUUUGCUCAUGAAAAUAAUCUCAAACAGCAUCAGCGUAUUCACAUAGAGAAACUACAUCACUGUUAAGACUGUGGGAAUUGUUUUAAUUGCACAUUAUGUUUUCCAACAACACCAGCGCAUUCACACAGGAGAGAGGUCGUAUCACCGUUUACUGUCUGUAAAAACUUUAGUGAAAGGAAUAUCCUUUAAGUACACCACACCAGCGCAUUCACAUAAGAGAACGACCCAUAUUGCUGCUUAUAGUGUGGAGGAAGUUUUACUGGAAGCAGCAUUUUUAAUAGACACCAGUACGGUCAUUUUUUACUAAUAUACACUAGAACUGUUCUACUUCAAUUAUCAAAUGUACAUGAUGGUAUGAGUAUGAUCAUUAAUCAUCAAAUGUAAUGUGGUGUAAUGUACC